AUGGCCGCACGGGAGGAGCUUACCUUGCUAGUGACUGUCGGCAGCACGCGUUUCGACGCGCUGGUCGCGCGCGUGCAGGACGACGACGUGCUGCAGGCCAUCGGCAGCCUGGCGCCCAACGCGCGCGUCCUGCUCCAGUACGGCAGGAGCGACGUGCGUCCUCCUGCGCACGCCAAGCCCACCAUCGUGCACGGCGUCGAGGCGCUGGUAUAUACAAUGGACAACGUGCACGUCUACCUAUUUCGCUAUGCGCCGAGUCUGCAGGCGUUCAUGGACGCGUCCGACAUGGUCGUCGCCCACGGCGGCGCGGGCACGAUCCUCGAGGCCCUGCGUACGCCGUCGCAUCCCCGUGUGAUGGUUGUCCCGAACGCGUCGCUGAUGGACGACCACCAGCGCGAACUCGCGGACACAAUGGCACCGGACUAUUGCCUGCUCGGCGACCUGACGUCGCUUCCUACACAGCUCUCUACGCUAGCGACGCGCACUUUUGCGCGCUUCCCGAACCGUAGACAAGACGCGCUGCACGCCGUCGUCCUCGGCGCUUGGGGCGCCUGA